UAGCUGAAGUCACAACACACCUCUUGUUCAAUGUGUCCGUCCAUAGCCGAGAUGUGUUGUGGACGUUUUUUUAAAUAAAAUUCUUUACCUCAAAUGUUUAUCAUGAACAUUAUUUCUUUGUUUUUGUUUGCGAGUUUUUUCAUACCUGCCUACUGUGUGUGUCCCUCGGGCUGGGUACAGAGGGGCCAAAGCUGCUACUACAUCUUCGAGGAGAAGCUGAACAGAUCUGAUGCUGGGAGUCUCUGUAUGAGGCACUCUUCUGUGCUGGUGUCUGUGGCUGACCAAAGUGAAUGGCUGUUCGUGUCCAGCUUGAUGCAAGCCGCCCACCUGAGCACGGACUGCUGGACUGGCCUGAUCAACACAAACGGCGUCUGGUUGUGGGAGGAUGGGUCCAAGUACACUGAGCUUUAG